AGCACUCAAGGCGAUCUGGAACAACCCCUGUUCAAAACCACCCGCUAAGAUUGAGAGAUGGGGACUGAGUACAGGAAGGGAGCUGAAAAGUAGCCGGUUAGGUUAUCUCGUCGCCCAGAUCUGACGCAGACAAGUGAAAACACAAGAGUGGUGAAGAUAGUAGAGGAGUAUGUUUACUUUGUGGCACAACACGCCACACCCAAAGCAAUGACUAGCACUUCAUGUGCAAGCUAGGAAAAGCCAUCCACGUAGCAGAGACAGAGAGCAUCCCCUUGGAAACAGCGUCAACACGUUUCCCUGUGAGUAUUGAUCUACACCACACAGCACCACUGAAUCAUCACCUGCAGAACUGAUGUUCCAGUGCAAAAUCUUCAAGAUUCUCAAUACUCUCAACUAUUGAAAGCAAAAUGAAUAUCAAGAUCAGAGAGCGAGACCAUGCAAAAGCAAACAUGAAGAUUAACUCAGACACACCAAAGGACCCAAGGUAACUUUCCAGAGGGAAUCGGCAGCGCCCAUCAUACCUCAACGACUAUGAGUCACUCUACCCAUCCUUAACACUGUUUACACUGAGUAAAUUGAUAAGAUUAGUUGAAUGUCUGAAAAUGACUGUUCUGUCUUCAAAACUGUUUAUUUUGAGUCGUAUACCAAUGAAUGUAUUUUAAUGACUUUUCCAAACUGCUUAUAUAACACACCAAUGAAUGCAUUUUACUGUGCUAUCAUCAAGACUGCUUGCACUAAAUGCACCACUGAAUCGGUUUGACCGACUGUGAACGUUCCUACUCAAGACUAAAACAGUGAUAUUUGAAUUGCACAUUUACAUUCAGAAGGAAGUGUGUAUCAUUGAGUUAUGCUUGAGGCAACUUUGUACAGUAGAAAGCCAGCAAAUCAGUUAUGGAUAAUGUAAGUUAAUGUAUAGUUAGCUCUCUCUCCGUCUCUAUUGCCUCUGCUGUUCUGAUAGGCAGGUCUGUAUUAUUUUCUCUCCAUCUCUAUUGCUUCUGCUGUUCUGAUAGGCAGGCAUGUGAUCCACUAUCUCUCUCUCUGUCUGUUGUGUCUGCUCUGCUGAUAGGCAGGCCUGUGUUCCACCCUCUGUUUUUUGCUUUGGCUGUAGUGAUAGACAGUCUGUUCCUGUCUACUUCUUCUUCUCUGGCCAUAGGCAGGCCUGUCUUCUGCUGUCUUUGUCUCUCCUUCCCCUCUGCUGUAUGGAUGGGAUGGAGCGGCAAAAGUCACAUGCAUGGCAUGGGCCCCCAACAGUGCAAGGUUUGCUGUAUGCACUGUGGAUAGAGUGGUUCUGUUAUAUGACGAACAAGGAGAGAGAAGAGACAAGUUCUCCACUAAACCUGCAGACCCAAAGUAUGGGAAGAAAAGUUAUACCGUCAAGGCCUUGGCAUUUUCACCAGAUUCCACUAAAAUUGCCAUUGCCCAGACCGAUGACAUCAUCUAUGUGUAUAAAAUUGGAGAGGAAUGGGGUGACAAAAAAGUAAUUUCCAACAAGUUCGUGCAGACGAGUGCCCUCACCUGUUUGAUUUGGCCGGCCGAUCAUGCUAUUGUUUUUGGAUUGGCAGAAGGAAAGGUCCGGAUAGCCAAUACCAAAACUAACAAGUCGUCCACAGUCUAUGCCACAGAGUCCUACGUCGUUUCAUUGACAUCAAAUGUGUCUGCGAAAGGAAUCAUGUCGGGCCACGCAGACGGGACAGUGGUGCGCUACUUCUUUGAUGACGAAGGCUCAGGAGAGUCUCAGGGCAAGAUCUUCACACACUCCUGCCCUCCGUAUGCUCUUGCCUGGGGCGCCAACAGCAUCAUUGCAGGGGGAUGCGAUAAAAAGAUUGUGGCCUACGGGAAGGAGGGCCACGUCCUGCAGACGUUUGACUACAGCAGAGACCGCUCAGAGAAGGAGUUCACUGUGGCCGCCACAGGCCCCAGUGGUCAGUCUGUUGUGUUGGGAAGCUAUGACAGAUUAAGGGUUUUCAACUGGAGCCCUCGUCGGGGCACUUGGGAUGAAGCUUCCCCCAAAGAGAUCCCCAACCUGUACACCAUCACAGCCCUGGCCUGGAAGAAAGACGGCUCCCGCCUCUGUGCAGGUACGCUGUGCGGGGGUGUGGAGCAGUUUGACUGCUGCUUGCGGAGAAGCAUCUACAAGAACAAAUUCGAGAUGACUUACGUGGGGCUGAGUCAGGUGAUCGUGAAGAACCUGUCCACAGGAACGCGAGUGGUGCUGAAGUCUCAUUACGGCUACGAGAUCGACGAGGUCAAGAUCCUGGGGAAGGACCGCUUCCUGGUGGGGCACACCAGCAACACACUGCUGCUAGGCGACCUGAUCUCCAACAAGCUGAGCGAGGUGGCUUGGCAAGGAUCAGGGGGAAACGAGAAGUUCUUCUUUGAAAAUGAAACGGUCUGUAUGAUUUUCAAUGCUGGAGAGCUGACCCUUGUGGAGUAUGGCAACAAUGAGGUUCUGGGGUCUGUCAGGACAGAGUUUAUGAACCCACAUCUGAUCAGCGUCCGCCUGAACGAGAGGAAGCAGAGAGGGGUGGAGGACAACAAGAAGCUGGCCUAUUUGAUUGACAUCAAAACCAUCGCCAUUGUGGAUCUGGCUGCUGGGUAUAACCUGGGCACUGUGAACCACGACUCGAAGGUGGAUUGGCUGGAGAUGAAUGAGACUGGCCGUAAGCUGCUCUUCAGGGACAAGAAACUGCGGUUGCAUCUGUACGACAUUGAGAGCCGGGAGAAAACCACGGUGCUGAGCUUCUGCUCCUAUGUGCAGUGGGUGCCGGGCAGCGACGUGGUGGUGGCCCAGAACAGGAAUAGCCUGUGUGUGUGGUACAACAUCGACAGCUCCGAGAGAGUCACCAUGUUCCCCCUCAGGGGGGACAUUUUUGAUCUAGAACGUUCCAACGGUAAGACAGAAGUGAUCGUGACGGAGGGGGUCAACACAGUCUCUUACACUCUGGAUGAAGGCCUCAUUGAGUUUGGGACGGCCAUAGAUGACGGAGACUACUACAGGGCUACGGCGUUCCUAGAGACUCUGGAGAUGUGUGCGGAGACGGAGGCUAUGUGGAAAACCCUGAGUAAGCUCUCCCUUGAGGCACGGCAGCUCCACAUCGCAGAGAGGUGCUUCGCUGCAUUGGGGGAUGUUUCCAAAGCACGCUUUCUCAAUGAGACCAACAAGAUCGCUGACAACGUGGGAAAGGAGUUUGGCGGGGAUGGCACUGAGCACUACCAGGUGAAGGCGCGUCUGGCCAUGCUCGAGAAGAAUUACAAGCUGGCGGAGAUGUACUUCAUGGAGCAGAAUGCCAUUGAUGAUGUGAUGGAAAUGUACCAGGAGCUUCACAUGUGGGACGACUGCAUCGCAGUAGCCGAGGCCAAGGGCCACCCGGAGUUGGAUAACCUGCGACGAAGCUACUAUGCCUGGCUGAUGGAGACCAAUCAGAACGAGCGGGCGGGCGAGGUGAAGGAGGGCGAGUGCGACUACAUGGGCGCCACCAACCUCUACCUGAAGGCGGGGCUUCCUGCCAAAGCCGCGCGAUUGGCCAUGGGCCGCGACGAGCUGGCGGCCAACACCGAAGUCAUCAACCGCAUCGCCUCUGCCCUCAUCAAGGGCGAGUUCUACGAGAGGGCAGGUGAUCUCUUUGAGAGGAUCAGGAACAACCAGAGGGCCUUGGACUGCUACCGCAAAGGCAACGCCUUCAGAAAGGCUGUGGAGCUGGCACGUGUGGCCUUCCCUGCUGACGUAGUGAAGCUGGAGGAGGCCUGGGGUGACUACCUGGUCCAGCAGAAGCAGAUGGAUGCUGCCAUCAACCACUACAUCGAGUCUGGCUGCUCGGAGAAGGCCAUUGAGGCAGCCAUAGGGGCGAGGCAGUGGAAGAAGGCUGUGCACAUCCUAGAGCUGCAGGAGCAGCAAGGAGCAGGGAAAUACUACCAGCGCAUCGCCCAGCACUAUGCCUCCAUACAGGAGUAUGAGGUUGCCGAGCGUCUGUUUGUCAAAGGGGAUCAAAUCAAAGCCGCCAUUGACAUGUACACCCAGGCAGGGCACUGGGAAGAGGCCCACAAGCUGGCUGUGAAGUGUAUGACCCCAGAGGAGGUGUCCGGUCUGUACGUCAGCAGGGCAAAGGAGCUGGAGAAGGAGGGCAAGUACAAGGAAGCAGAGAGGCUCUUUGCCACCGUAGACCAGCCCGACCAGGCCAUCACCAUGUACAAGAAGAACAAGAUGUACGACGACAUGAUCCGCCUGGUGGCCCGCCACCACGCAGACCUCUUGCAGGAGACCCACGUCCAUCUGGCCAAGGAGCUGGAGGCAGAGAGUCGGCUGCAGGAGGCUGAGUACCACUACUUGGAGGGUCAGGAGUGGAAGGGAGCAGUCAACAUGUACAGAGGCCACGACAUGUGGGAGGAAUCCUACAGGGUGGCGAAGAACCACGGGGGUGCAGCGGCCCAAAAGCAGGUGGCAUACCUGUGGGCCAAGAAUCUGGGGGGCGAGGCGGCCGUCAAACUGCUCAACAAGUUUGGCCUGCUGGAUACCGGCAUUGAAUGUGCCAUUGACAACUGCUCUUUUGACUUUGCCUUUGAGCUGGCCCGCCACUCCCUCAAGCAGAAGAUCCCAGAAGUCCACCUGAAGUACGCCAUGUUCCUUGAGGAUGAGGGCAAGUAUGCAGAGGCUGAGGCGGAGUUCGUCAAAGCCGGCAAGCCCAAGGAGGCUGUGCUGAUGUACGUGCACCAGCAGGACUGGGUCGGGGCGCAGCGGGUGGCCGAGGGCCAUGAUCCGGACAGCGUGGCCGACGUGCUGGUGGGCCAGGCUAAGCACUGCUUCGAGCAGCGGGACUUCCAGAAGGCCGAGGCCUUCCUGCUGCGAGCGCAGCGGCCCGAGCUGGCCAUCAAGUACUACAAAGACGCAGAGAUGUGGAGCGAUGCUAUGCGGAUCUGUAAAGAGUAUCUCCCCAGCAAACUGAGCAUUCUGCAAGAGGAGUACGAGAAGGAGGCAUCAAAGAAAGGGCCCAGGGGUGUGGAAGGGGUGCUGGAGCAGGCUCGUGAGUGGGAGCAGACAGGAGAGUACGCCCGGGCGGUGGAGUGCUACCUCAGAGUGAAGGACACCUCCAACGUGGCCCUGCUGGAGAAGUGUUGGAUGAAGGCUGCUGAGCUGGCCAUCAAGUUCCUGGGACAGGACAGGUCAGUGGACGUCAUCCAGGCCGUGGGACCACGCCUCAUCCAGCUCAAGAAGUACAGCGCAGCAGCUGAGCUGUAUCUCAACCUGGACCUCAUUAAAGAAGCUGUGGACGCUUUCAUAGAGGGCGAAGAAUGGAACAAAGCCAAGAGGGUGGCCAAAGAGCUGGAUCCAAGGUUGGAAGACUACGUGGAUCAGUGCUACAAAGAGCACUUGAAGAACCAAGGGAAAGUUGACUCGCUGGUGGGUGUGGACGUCAUGGCCGCCCUGGACAUGUAUGCUGAGAGAGGCCAGUGGGAGAAGUGCAUAGACACGGCGUCCAAACAGAACUAUAAGAUCCUCCACAAGUAUGUGGCUCUGUACUCCACGCACCUGAUCAAAGAGGGGGAUCCAGAGAAGGUCCUCAACCUCUACAUCCAGCACGGAGUGCCUGCCAAUCCACAGAACUUCAACAUCUACAAGAGGAUGUUCCUGGGGCUCCUGAGCCAGACGGAGAGGGACAACGCCGAGUCCUACCGCAUGUGGGCCGACCUCCGAGACGUCAUGCUGGCCCUGUGCGAGAACAUGACCAAGUCGUCGGAGGCCAACUCUCCAGCUCACGAGGAGUUUGAGCAGAUGCUGCUGGUCACCCACUACUACGCCUCGCGCUCGGCAGCCAGGGGCCUGGACCAGCUGAGUGCCAUAGCAGCCAAGCUGUCCAUCUCUCUGCUGAGGCACACAGAGCUGAUUCCAGCUGACAAGGCCUUUUACGAGGCAGGACUCGCUGCCAAGGCUGUUGGCUUGGAGAACAUGGCCUUCAUUUUCCUCAACCGCUUCCUGGAUCUGGCCGACGGCAUUGAUGAGGGAAACCUGGAUGCUCUGGAUCACUCUGACUUCCAAGAUACGGAUAUCCCCUUCGAGGUCCCUCUGCCUGCCAAACUGCACGUCUCCGUGGAGAAGAGGGAGGAGAUCAGGGACUGGGUGCUGACCGUGUCCAUGGACCAGCGCGUGGAGCAGGUGCUGCCCAGAGACGAGCGCGACACCUACGAGGCCUCGCUGCUGGCCGCCAACACCGGCAUCCGCUCGCUGCCCUGCGUCAUCACAGGUUACCCAGUCUUGAGGAAUAAAAUUGAGUUCAAAAGACCAGGGAUGGCUGCAAACAAAGAUGACUGGAACAAGUUCCUAAUGGCCACCAAGACGACCCACAGCACGGAGUGCCAGGACGUGUUGAAGUUUCUGAACCACUGGUGCGGAGGACUCCCAACUGCAGGCUACUCUUUCCACUGAGACCCCUCAUGUGGUUCCACUCCAUCUCUUUCUCUUUCUCCCUCUUCCCUUCUUCCUCCCCCCCCAUCUCUCUCUCUCUCCAUCCAUUACUUUGUGUUGCACUUGCAGUCUCUCCCUCUCUCACAUCAUUGCCUGUCUCUCUCACCCUCUCUUCUCUGGCCCCCAUGGGAACUGUUGGCGUCUCUCCGCAGAUCUGGCUUGAGCUCCUACCUGGUCUGUGUGAAGUCACCCCGUUCUCAAGAACCCUCUCUAUCUCUCUCUCCCUCUCCCUCUCCUUCUCCCUCUCCCUCUCCGUCUCUCUGUCUCUCUGGUGUCUCAGUCGGACUGUUUCUUACCAUGUGGAAUGAAAGUUUAGUGCGUUUGCGUGCUCACACCCUAGUGCCUCAGUCCCAAACUGGGUCACGGGCCUCGUGACCGUGGCGAAGCAGAAAGCAAUCAAAUGCGUUUUUCGAGCCGCAUCUUUGUCUGGAACGCUCAUGCAUUCUGUCAGACGUCCCGUGGACAGGUUUUCAAACUUGUUUACAGUAAACAUGAUUGUGAGGUACAACAUAUAGAAUAUAUACGUAUAUAAAGACCUGUAGCUAUUAAGAGUCACUCAAUGUAAUCAAAGUUCUUAAUAUUUGUAAUGCGAAAGAUUUUUUUCAUACAUUAUAUAGUUUUGUUGCAUUUUGAAUGUGAUUUGUGAGUUAAGUGCUUAAUAAAAGAGAUUUGUAAAUUCUA